AUGGUGGGAGGCACCUCGACAGGAGGUCUAAUCGCAGUCAUGCUGGGUCGGCUGCACAUGAGCGUGGAUGAGUGUAUCGCUGCAUACAUGGCGUUUUCGCAGGCACUAUUUGAGCCGAAGCACGCCAAGUUCAACGCCCUCAGUUCGUCCAAGGAAAAAUUCCCGAUGACUAAGGUCAGAAUGGAGAGCAUUCUGAGGAAAACGAGCUCAGUCUCCUCUUUCUUGGAUGACUCAAUGCAGGAUGUUGAUUCGCCCUGCAAAGUGGCCGUUGUUGCCAGGGAUGCGUCCGGAAAGCACCGAAUCUUGCGGAGCUAUCAAAGUUUUGGAACCUCAGGCUAUUUGGAAUGCAAGAUCUGGGACGUAGUCCGCGAGACCCUCCCUGCUGCUACGUAUCCCCAGGUGUCCGACGUCGACUCAGGACCGUCCAUGCACCAGAAUCCCAUCGCGUCCAUCUACGGAGAAGCGCGUAGCAUGUGGCCCGAGCAUGAUAUUCAACUUGUCAGCAUCGGCGCAGGCGGCGGCACGCGGAACAUGUUCUCUGCCAGCUUAGGAGGCAGUAUCAAGACCAUUAACCAGAUGCUGACCGACUCUGAAGACGAAGCCCGACAUUUUGUAAACUUCCACACUUCAAGACGCUUUCAUUUGAGCGUAUAUCGAUUUAACGUCGCGGAGGGACUGCGAGAUGUUGCCUUGGAUGAAUACAAAGCCAUGCGCCAGCUGGAAGCGCAAACCAUUGAAUAUCUUCGCAGAGGCCCGAGCCAAGAUCGCAUGCGCCAGUGCGUUGAAGGCUUACUCGAGGUCAUUUACGAAGACAAGCUUAUUGGGUUUGAGCAGGUGGAAGCCCAACGAGACUCUCAACAGCGGCUCCGGCACAAUACCGACUGGCUUUCUUCCGAUGAUAUGUCGACGAUACUAGGCGACACUGUCUCCAAGAUCCAAGAAGGCACUGGUGCUACGUUCUUCUCUGAUCCAGCUUUUCAGUCGUGGUUGGCAGGAGACUUGCGAACCCUCUUUUGCCAGGGCUGUCCUGGAGCGGGUAAGACGUUUCUGGCAGCGCAGGUGAUUGAUGGUUUUAUGAGAAACGGCCGGCACAAACGCAGCCCAAUCCUAUAUUUCUUUGCGAGCUUGCGGCACCAGAAAAUUGAACACCCGAACGCUGCUGUCUUGGCAAGUCUGCUUCGCCAACUUCUACUCUGGAAGGGAUCCAUAUCGGAAGCGACACAGCAUCUUUUCCUACGACAUAUGAAAGAUGCAAGCCGGCCAGACACAAUCACACUCCUCGAGUGCUUGAAGAGAGAGACCGACGGUAUCCCAGGAGUAUACAUAGUGAUCGAUGGUCUCGAUGAGCUUUCUGAGGACUGUCGGCUGACUUUGCUCAACUGCAUGCGUGAUCUUCAGCUGACAAAAAGAAUACCUUUCAUGGCAACGUCGCGUAUGGACGAUAGAACGGAGAAGCUCUUCCAUCAUCUGUUCCCGGACUUCAGAUCGAUGCAAAUCAAUAGCAAGUCUGAUGACAUGGAAGCCUUCUUGCUUGGCCGAAUGUCAAGGCUGCCCGACGUUGUGUUGCAAAAUAUCGAGGUUCAAUCAUUUAUAAAAGAUGAGAUCAUGAAGCGUUCUGGUGGAAUCUUUCUUUGGGCAACACUUCUCGUUGACUCACUCGUUUCCUUGAGGACCGUUCGGCACAUCAAGAAUGCACUAGAAUCAGCACCCUCGGAAAUUCACGAUAUGUAUGAAGCAGCGUUUGCCCAUAUCGAAGACCAAGAUAAAUUCUCCCGCGAGCUUGCUUUCCGGGUUUUUGCAUGGCUCAUUCAUGCUCGAAGGCCAAUGACUGCUCCAGAACUCCAGCAUGCAUUGGCCAUCGAAGAAGGGAGCAAGUACUUUGAUCGAGACUUGUUGAUCUCGAUCGACGACCUCAUUUCUGUGUGCGGUGGCUUGGUCACUCUGAAUGCGGACAGCAAUGGCCUCAGUUUCAUCCAUCUUUCAGUCGAGGAGUUCUUUCAAGAAAUCAAACGGGACCGCUUUGCAGAUGCCCAGAGGCAAAUCGCAGUUGCGUCUCUGACCUACCUCGGCCUUGACUGUUUCCAGGAUGGCCCAUGCACGAACUCAGAAAAGUUGCAACAGCGGCUGCAAGAGUAUCCGUUCCUCGAUUAUGCGGCUCGCUUUUGGGGUAUCCAUGCUCGAGAAGUUAGGCCAAUGGACAUUUCGAAUCUGGCUCAAAAGUUGCUUCAUCACCCAGGCAAAGUCGCUUCUUGCUGGCAAAUGCUACAAUCUCCCAGCCAUCGCUUUUCGCCGAGCAGAGCGUCAGAUUCAGCAAGAAUAACUGCACUGCAUCUUCUUGCCUAUUUUGGCCUGAGGGAUUUGUCGCUCUGGGUCUCUGACUUUGAAGGCAUCCACGCGAAAGAUUCUUUUGGAAGAGAUCCCUUGGCCUGGGCCAUCCAUUAUAAUCAGCUCGAGAUGAUGGAUUUACUGUUGGACAAAGGGGCCGAUGUCGCGGCUGUGGAUCUCAUGGGACGCUCACAUCUCGCGCUAGCUGCCAUUGAAGGAAAGAUGGGCGUUCUUGAGCGUCUUUUGGAGCGCGGAGCGAACCCAUCGACCGAAGAUAUUCGAGGCCAGAGUAUUCUCUCGUUCGCCGCCAUGAAUGGCAAUCUAUCAGCCCUUACAUUCAUCGCAAAGAAAGUGCCAGACAAGAUCGACCAUGGAGAUGAGACUGGUCGAACGCCACUGUUUUAUGCCGCGAAGGAGGGGCAUAGUCACGUCGUAUCUUACCUCGUGGGCCAACCGCUUGUGAACGUCAAUUCUCAAGACGAACGAGGCGAGACACCGCUUAUCGCAGCCGCCGGAAAAGGGUGCCUUGAAGUUAUUACGGUGCUUCUAGCGCAUCCACACAUCAAGGUCAAUGUGGUAGACUCACUCGGUCGAACGGCCCUGAUGGUAGCGACGCUCGAAGGGCGCAUCGAUGCCCUCAAGCUCCUUGCUACUCACCGCAAUGGUCUGGCAGGGUUGCAAAUUCCCGACUACACUGGAAGGACGCCAGAAGCUUGGGCUGCCAUUGUGAAACAUCAAGAUGUGCAUAAAUUUCUCCAAUCCGUGACACGUGCUCCGGACUAG